CUGUGCCCUGACGUCUCGGGCGCGCCGUGCGUCGUGUCCCCCCGCCAGAGGCCUGGACCCUGCGUUGGUCGCAGGAGUGGGGUCACUGGUGUGGGGACCACCCGCAGAGCGUUGUGUAGGGAGUAACGGCCCUUGCAGCGUGACAGCCGCGUUCGAGCGCUGCGCAGUUAGUGUGCUCCGCAGCAUUGCCUGGGAGCAGGGGACAGUAGCUGCUGGCAGAUGGGUCCGGGUCCCUUUCUCGGGCCUGGGAAGCUGAGUCAGCACUCUGGUCUCGAAGCUGACAGGCCCCCCGAGCUGGGCGCUGGGGCUCCUGGUUCCCUGGUCCCCUUAAUGGGGCGCCGUGUCUAGCCUGAGGGUGGGGACGGCGCUGCUCGCCCUGAGGACAGGCUUCCGGCGUGGCUGUGUCUGAUGGCGUCAUCAAGGUGUUCAAUGACAUGAAGGUGCGCAAGUCGUCCACCCCCGAGGAGGUGAAGAAGCGCAAGAAGGCCGUGCUCUUCUGCCUGAGCGAGGACAAGAAGAACAUCAUCCUGGAGGAGGGCAAGGAGAUCCUGGUGGGCGACGUGGGCCAGACUGUGGACGACCCCUACGCCACCUUUGUCAAGAUGCUGCCCGACAAGGACUGCCGCUACGCCCUCUAUGACGCGACCUACGAGACCAAGGAGAGCAAGAAGGAAGACCUGGUGUUCAUCUUCUGGGCCCCUGAGUCUGCACCCCUUAAGAGCAAAAUGAUCUAUGCCAGCUCCAAGGAUGCCAUCAAGAAGAAGCUGACGGGAAUCAAGCACGAGUUGCAAGCAAACUGCUACGAGGAGGUCAAGGACCGCUGCACCCUGGCAGAGAAGCUUGGGGGGAGCGCCGUCAUCUCCCUGGAGGGCAAGCCUUUGUGAGCCCCCUCCAGCCCCCUGCCUGGAGCAUCUGGCAGCCGACCCGCCUAUGGGGGUUGCAGGCUGCCCCCUUCCUGCCAGACCUGAGGGGCUGGGGGGAUCCCAGCAGGGGGAGGGCAAACCCUUCACCCAUUUGCCAAACAGCCCCCCCAUCCCCCGGACCAUCCUCUUCCCUCCAUCCCCGACGGUUCUGGCCUUUCCAAACUGCUUUUUGAUCUUCUGAUUCCUCUUGGGUUGAAGCAGACCAAGUUCCCCCCCCCCAGGCACCCCAAUUUUGGGGGGCCUGUAUUUUUUUUAACGACACCCCCCCUCCCCACCUGCUUCCCCUUUCCCGUGCUGCCAACUCUAACCACAGUAGUGACUCUGUGCUCGUCUGUUUAGUUCUGUGUGUAAUGGAACGUUGUGGAGAUGACCCCCUCUGCGCGCCUCACCCCUCCCCUUGGCCUCUCCGCUCCUGGAGCACUAAGGGACCUUCAAUUAAAAAAAACACAACAAUAAAAA